UUUAAAUACUAUUUUGAAUGUUUUUUUAUGAACCCAAAAACAGUUCUUUUUGUUUUUUUUGAAGGUGAGCAAAAUGCUUGUUUUAUAAUCAACCUAAUUCUUUCUCUAUUUAAAUAUCAUAUACAUAGAUGUACAUUUUCCAAAUUUACCUUUUACAUUUACCAAACCUAUUUUUAUAGUCUUUCUACAAGAGAUAAAACUGUAUUUAAAACCAAUUAGGUUUUCUUUCGAUACAAAAGCACAAAGAACUCUGAGGUUCAAAGAAAUUGCUCUGCUUAUAAGCUUUUCAACCUAUUUAAUUUGUUUUUUGUUUAUUAUUUGUUUAACUCCCUCUCCCAAUUUUUUUUGUUUUAUUGUUAUUAUUAUUAUUUUUUGUCUUGUCUGUUCGAGCCAUGGUACUGUUUUAUUCUCUCUCUUUUCAUAAAUCUAAGUGUUUCUUAGGUUAGGUUUCUGUUGUAACAUUGUUUUGUUAUUACGAAAUUUUCAAAGGGGUAAGAGUGCUCGGGGUUUGUGAGUAGGAGGGACCUAGAGAGCUACUAUCAUCAAGCGAUAACCUUCACAACAACACGGUGAUCACCAUUGUUACUUUCUCUACCUUUUUUACCCCAUCAGAGCAAACAAAUGUAUCAGAACAGACAAGAACAAAAGAAGAGAUUAUUUUAAAGAGGAGGAAAUAGCAAAGGAGAGAAGACCUAGAGCGAGAUUGAGUGAGAAACAGGAACUUGAACACACUUGUAAGUGCAGGUUUGGCCUUCUUCUUAAACGUCAGCGAGACAUUAACGUUAAAGUUGUAUGAUUUAUUAUCACGCUUUUUAUUUCAUUCCAGUCCUUCUGCCUUUGUCCUGUUCUCGGGUCCGCCAUAUGGUUUGCCGUGUUAUCGCGUUUGAUGUUUGUUUUCACAAAGCUUCCAGAGUGAAACUAUACUUCUAUAGCCAACGUUAACAAAACAAACUGCACAGCUGCCUUAACUGCAUUAAUAUCGAAGACCGAACCUAAAAGCCAAUGUGUAAUAAUUCAAGUAGUUUCUUAAACAAACGCAACAAAAACACAUCUCUGUUUAUUUAGCAACCUCAUAUAUGAUAACGAUUUAUAUUGCUUUACUGUCAGGACAAUAGUGUACAUUUCCCUUCAUUUACGCUCGUGCAUUCACCUCAUUUUUAACUGCAGCUGUAAUAGAAAACUCCGCUUUCAUUAUUGUUGCGUCAUCAUGUGAAACCCCGGCAUGUGACUCUUUGCUUAUAAGAAAACGUAUCUGCUCGCAACUCGGCUCAAGUUAUAGACAGAUGUCAAUCUCCAUUUUAUAGUGCCUCGGUGAAAGUCUGAUUUGACUGUGGUUGAAGAUGGCCGUAGAACUCCACGGACUCUUUGUGCAAAACAAUUCCUAUGAUUAUGAAGACUAUGUGUAUAAGGAUGAGGACCAUCCCUCCAACUGCACCUGUGGCUUCAUGAGGGUCUUCAUCCCACUGGUGUAUUCUUUGGCGCUGUUAUUUGGACUGCUUGGAAAUGGACUGGUGUUGGUAACAUUGUGGCGUAAAAGACAAAACUUCAGUGUGAUGGACGUGUUCAUCCUGCAUCUGGGUGUAGUUGAUGUUGUGCUGAUGGUGACGCUGCCUUUCUGGGCUGUAGAUGCUGUGAAGGGAUGGAUCAUCGGUACAGGGCUCUGCAAACUCACGGGAGCUUUGUUCAAGAUCAAUUUGCACUGCGGCAUCUUCAUGCUGGCCCUCAUCGGUCUCGAAUCGUACCUGUCCAUCGUACGUGGCAUCCAAAUGUUCUCUCGUAAAAAUCCCUUGGUGAUUCACCUCACCUGCUUGAUCAUCUGGAUUAUCAGCCUGCUCCUUUCCACUCCUGACUGGAUGUAUCUCAAAGUCACCGAAGAUCCAGGAAAUCAACAAAUAACAUUCUGCGAUCAUAUUUAUCCCAGUGAUUACUUGCACGUUGCCAUCCGUCUUUUGUUAGUUGUUGUGGGCGUCAUUUUGCCUGCGCUGGUGCUGCUGGUAUGUUGUUCCUGCAUCUUGCUGUAUAUGCAGAACAAAUCCAGAGAUCCGCAGAUGAAGAAGGUCAGAAGAACACGUGUCUUUGGGGUUGUGGUGCUAGCUUUUCUCAUCAGCUGGACGCCCUACAACAUUGCCUUCAUUGUGGACACUCUCUCUGCCGUAACAGCGUCAAAAUUGUGUUAUGGAAAGCUAAGGACAGCUAGUGGUGCAACAGGCAUUUUCGGCCUCCUACACUGUGUGAUAAAACCUGUGAUUUAUUUCGGUCUCGCCAAAGAGUUCAGGCAUCGCGCUGUGGAUAUAGUAACAUUUAGGGCUUAUGAGACGGACAGCAGCGAUGUUUCAUUGUGGGACUCUGGUGAAGUGGGUGGAAGCGUCCAACCGGAGGAACAGAGUUCACUUCGUCCGAUGUCGAAUGACAUAUACCAAACAACAAAAACUCAGGAUGAGAAUAUAUAAAGAAGCUGUAGAAUACUGCGUCUCUUUUAUUUAAUUUAUCAUAUUUGUAAAUAUAAACAUAAAAGCUUUAAAAUAAAUUGCACAUGUAUAGAUAAGCUUAUUUUUGAUCGAUGGAGACACCACAGGAAUUGAACAGAGACUGACUGACAAUUUUAAUGGGUUUGAUGGAAGGAAUGCUGAUAAGGGCUGAAAAGUUAAAUCUGGAUAGAACUGUAUCACAAAGCAUCUGUCAAUUGUAUUAACGUUAAGGUACAAUGAAUUUACAGCUACAGUUAAGAUGAUAAACAGUAAUGGUUUAUUGAACAAUGACAGAAAUGUUCAUUUAUUUUCCUUGUUUGCACUUUAAUACCAUUUAAUCUUAUUAUUGAAGUUGUGCUGGUGCUUAUGGAAUCUUUUGUUUAGUCACGUACCGAUACAAUGUUUCUUUGGGUUGGUUUACCUAAAGUUGUAGAUAAUCUGAAAAGUGGGGUACAUGUUGUAAACCUUAAAAGAUUUGCCACAGGGUUUGUCUUAAAGUUGUAGCCGGCUACAGUUUUUUUUUCAUUUGAAACAAAAGACUAAUGGUUGUUUUGAGAACAUCUUUCUGCAUUAGUUAAUAACUGAGUUCACACAGCCAGUUAGCAUAUUUGUGUUAUUUCCCAUGUUCAUUUUAAAAUUUCCUUAUGGCCUUGUUUUUCUUUUUUUCAGAUGUUGUAGACCUUUCAUUGGUCAAACACAAUAUGAAUGUCUAUAAUAAAACAUAGUAGCUGUA